AUCACCUCCUCGUCUCCUCUCCCGCGAUUUUUAGAGCAACAACCCUCCCAGAUCUCCCCCUAUCUCUUCCACAUAUAGUAGUUCUCAAGUACCAGUAGAGGAUUAUUUCUCGCGAACUAGAGGGAUUAUCGCUUGUGAUCCAGUGGAUGCUUUGCCAUUUCCGUUGCCGGAUGUGCUGGGGGUCAGAUGCUGAGCCCAGCUGCACUAAAACUGCUCGUGAUUCUCGGACGGUUUUGGGGAAAGGCGGGUUGAUCUGGAGAGAAAAAAGGGCCAACGGAUCACCUAGUUCCGUUCCUGUCUGCGCUGCUGAAAGAUAGCUCGGCUGUGCCGAUUUGCGGGUUCAGGCUUUAGAUUUGAGAGCAGAAGCGGGGACUCAUUUCUUCAGUUGACUGAACUCCAGUACAAGUAGCUCGCAUGCUUCAGUCCUGUACAAGAAUCAUGUCUCUGCCCACUGAUUAUAAGCAUGAAACGAGCUUCCCAGAGCAUGGUCAUCGUCCGGGGAUAUUAUACUGGAUAAACAGGCUAUAGUUUACAAUUACCUUUCUUGUAUGCACACAAAAUGUGAUAUAUGCUGCUUCCAACACAGAUGACAGUUGGAGUGUUGAACUAACUCAUUUCGUUGUCUUUACCUUUUGAGAUAGAUGCCUGCUUUUCAUCAUGACCAGAAUUUCUUUCAAAAUUGAUACCGUUUAUUCCUUUUGCAGAUAAUCAACUUGAAGUGCUGCUGCUUCACCAUAAAUGCGGGAGAGAGAUGUCUGCUGGGAAUACUGCGACAAGUUGGACGGGAACAAAGUCAGGUGCAGGUUCUGUCACAAGGUUCUCAAUGGCGGUAUCAGCAGGCUCAAGUUCCAUCUGUCUCAAAUUCCGAGCAAAGGGGUCAACCCUUGCACCAAGGUGAAGGAAGAUGUCAUUGAAAAGGUGAAGGCUAUCAUAGCGGCUAAGGAAGAAUACAAGGAGUUCCAGAUUCUCAAGAGGCAACGGGUAGCUGAAUUAUCUGUACACCCAAAAAGGUCACGGGAGGUUCCAUCUCAGUCUACAUCUCCAGGGCCGGCAAAUUCUCCUGUUGUUACUCUUGCUGCCGAACAGAGUCAGCUCCUUGCUGUGGAAGUGUCUGCUCCAGUAUUGAAACUGUCCGGUACUUCAAACAAGCCACGCUUGGCUUCAUCACUGGAAGCAGAACGAAGCAUAGCUGAAUUCUUUUUUGAGAAUAAAUUGGACUAUAACAUAGCAGACUCCGUUUCGUACCGGAAUAUGCUGGAGGUACUUGGUGGUCAGGGGUUCCGAGGGCCGUCAGCAGAGGUUCUGAGGGAAAAGUGGUUGCACAAGCUCAAGUCAGAGAUUUUGCAGAAAACAAAAGAGAUUGAAAAGGAUUGGGUGACAACAGGUUGUACUAUAUUGGCUGAUUCGUGGACUGAUAACAAAUUGAAAGCCCUAAUCAACUUUUCUGUGUCGUCUCCUCUAGGGACAUUCUUCCUCAAAACAGUGGAUGCUUCUCCACACUUCAAAAGUCACAGGGGCUUGUAUGAUCUCUUCGACGAAGUGAUUCGGGAAGUUGGUUCAGAGAAUGUUGUUCAGAUAAUCACCGAUAGGAAUAUAAACUAUGGAAGUAUAGACAAGCUGAUCAUGCAGAACUACAACGCCAUCUUUUGGUCCCCCUGUGCGUCUUUUUGUAUAAAUUCAAUGUUGGAUGACUUUUCCAAGAUUGAUUGGGUGAACCAAUGCAUCUGCCAAGCACAGACCAUAACACGAUUUAUCUACAACAAUAAGUGGGUCCUUGAUCUUAUGAGAAAGUUCAUGGCGAGGCAAGAGCUUGUUUGCUCAGGGAUUACAAAGUCUGUAUCAGAUUUUCUCACACUGAAAUCCUUGCUAAGGCACAGAUCAAAGCUGAAGCAAAUGUUUCAUAGCCCUGACUAUUCAUCUUCUUCAUACGCAAAUAGGUCUCUAAGUAUUUCCUGUGUUGAGAUCCUCAAUGAUGAUGAGCUUUGGAGAGCAGUCGAAGAGAUAGCUGCUGUUUCUGAACCUUUAUUGAGGGUCAUGAGGGAUAUUUCAGGAGGCAAAGCUGCCAUUGGUUAUAUAUACGAGUCUAUGACAAAAGUGAUGGACUCUAUUAGAACAUACUACAUUAUGGAUGAGGGCAAAUGUAAGUCAUUUCUGGACAUAGUGGAGCAAAAAUGGCAGGCAGAGCUGCAUUCACCUCUUCAUUCAGCAGCCGCUUAUCUGAACCCAAGCAUCCAGUAUAACCCAGAAGUAAAAUUUUUCGCUAGUAUCAAGGAGGAGUUCUACCAUGUUCUGGAUAAGGUGCUUACAACCCCUGACCAAAGGCAAGAUAUCACUUCGCAAUUGCAUGCUUUCCGGAAGGCACAAGGGAUGUUUGGUUCUAACAUUGCUAAAGAGUCCCGCAACAAUACCUCCCCAGGGAUGUGGUGGGAACAAUACGGCGAUUCAGCACCAUCAUUGCAACGAGCCGCUGUUAGAAUAACCAGCCAGGUUUGCAGCACCCUGACCUUCCAAAGAGAUUGGAGCAUGAUCCUUCAGAGCCACUCAGAAAAGCGCAACAAGCUGGACAAGGAUACUUUGGCUGACCAAGCCUAUGUGCAUUACAAUCUCACGCUCCACUCUGAACCAAAGACUAAGAAGAAGAUGGAUGGGGAUCCAAUCGCACUGGAUGACAUUGACAUGACGUCACCAUGGGUGGAGGAUUCUGAUAGCCCAAACCUCACCCAGUGGCUCGACAGGUUCCCGUCGGCCUUGGAUGGUGGAGACUUGAACACUAGGCAGUUUGGUGGCUCCAUCUUUGGCACAAACGAUAAUCUCUUUGGCUUGUGAUAGUUUUCAGUUCUAGGUAUGACAACGUGCCGAUUCUUUUCUGUUGUACAAGUGCUCAUGUAUGUACGUCUUAUUUUAGCUCGAUCUUUGCUAGGAUAGAUUCUAGACUAAUGUCAAGUAGAGAAUUGCCUGUUACUCAAAUGUAGUCUUUAUUAACAUGAGAACCUAGGUUAUGGAGACCAUGAAGCUGAAACGGAAAAUAUGGUAUCCAUUUAUUGCGCA